AUGUUGAAGAUGAACCAAUCUCUUCUAUUAUUCAUUUCAACAUUGUUACUUGAAUGUUUCUUUGUAUAUUCUUCCCCUGAUUGUGCCCUAAAUCCUAAAAAUCCAUACAAAGUUGCAUACACCAUCGUUGUUGAUCAGUCUGGCCAUGGAAAUUUCACAACAGUUCAAAAAGCUAUAGACUCCAUUCCUGGUCAAAACAAUCGGUGGAUUCGAGUUCAAAUUUCUCCUGGAAAAUAUAUGGAGCAAGUCGUAAUCCCAUAUGACAAACCGUGCAUUUUUCUUGAAGGAUCGAGAGGUCAAAAUUAUACAAUCAUUGAAUCCAGCGGACCAGAAAUGAUGAAUAAAUCUGGCACCAUCACUUCAUACCCAGAUAACAUUCUAAUGAAAGGCAUUACAUUCAAAAAUACACAUAAUAUACCACCAGUUACUCCGCCGGUAAAGCAAGCAUUGGCAGCAGAAAUCCAUGGAGAUAAAAGUGUUUUCUAUGAAUGUUCAUUUUAUGGACUACAAGACACAUUGUGGGAUGCAACAGGUCGCCAUUACUUCUAUAAAUCCUAUAUUGAAGGUGGUAUUGACUUCAUUUUUGGCUAUGCCCAGUCUAUUUAUGAGGAUUGUACAAUCAAUGUAAAUAUGGGGGUAUAUGAACCACAAUUAACUGGUUAUAUAACUGCAAAUGGAAGAGUAUCAGCAAAAGAUACGAGUGGGUUUGUGUUCAAAUCGUGUAGAAUUGGUGGGAGUGGCAAAGCUUAUCUUGGGAGAGCUUGGUCAGGUUUUUCGAGAGUAAUUAUUGUCAAUUCGGUUCUAUCAGAUGUGGUUGUCCCUCUAGGUUGGGAUUCUUGGAAUUAUGAAACAAUAUUGAGUAUGUAUAGUACGAUAAUAGUGGAGCAGGAGCGGAUACUUCUCAUCGUGUGCCAUGGAUGA